AUGCCAGUCCCCCACCUGUUCAAUGAAAUGUCAAUGUGGGAGUUUUACUUACUGAUGGCAACUUGGAAAUGGUGUUAUAGCUUCAAGAUCUGGAAGCACUCAAUCGACGUGGGCUCAAAAGUAGCUCGCAUUUUUAGAGUUCCACAGCUCUUCUUUCUUAUGAUGAUCUUGUUCUUGCAGAUUUGUGUUUCCUCUGUGGACCCUUUGGCAUUUCCUUCUGCAGUGGAAGCAGGUGCCCAAAUGGUGGAAAUUGGAAAUUAUGAUUCUUUCUACGAGAUGGGAAUUCAGUUUUCCCCUGAACAGAUUCUAAAGCUCACUAGAGAAACUAGAAGGAUUCUUCCAUCCAUUACACUGUCUGUAACCGUGCCACACAUGCUUAGUCUCCCUGAUCAGGUGAAGCUAGCAGAGUUGCUGGAACAGGAAGGUGCUGAUAUAAUCCAAACUGAAGGAGGGAAAUACUCAAGUCCAUCAAAACCUGGUGUCCUUGGUUUGAUCGAGAAGGCCACACCAACGCUAGCAGCUGCAUACUCCAUUUCCCGAGCAGUUCAGAUUCCAGUUAUGUGCUCAUCUGGAUUAAGCGCUGUCACUGCACCUAUGGCUUUAACAGCAGGAGCAGCUGGUGUGGUAUGCGUUCUUUUGCUUUCUAAUCUAAUCAUUAUCUGCUACUAG